CGAAAUAAUAACACUUACCAACUACCAAACAAAAUAACAUGAUGAUAUGUUAUGAGAAGAGAACAAAACAAAAAUGAAACAAUUUCAUUGUCGCAGGCAUCACAAGCAAUAAUAUCAUAACAACAUAACAAAACGAAUUCUGCAAAAAACAACGCAUUUUUAUAAAGACAAAAAACACGUGCUUUUCGUUUGAUCAAACCAUGAGUCAUAAAGAAUGAGUCAUAAUUUACUCACAUUCAAUGUACGCACAUCCUUUUCUCAUCGAGAAACAACUCAGAAGAGGUUCAUUCAUAAAAUACGCAUCACUUUUGCCACUAAUGCCAUCUAUCGAUCUUUCAUAAAGUUUGCUUUGUUUACAUCCAUGUGCUCAUGUGUUUUUGACAUGUUGAAUCAUAUUGAAUCAAGUAUUAGAUAUUUGUACCAUCUUUUUAAAAAAACAAAACCAGUGUUACCAAGAAUCAUACCGCCACCAAGCUUCUGGCAUCAACAAAGCAUCCUAUCCAAAUUGGAUCUUAUAAACGGAAUGCAAUCAUCGGAAAACAAUCAUGUAGAUAUCGGAUUCGAAAGAAUGGAAAAACUCAUCGACACUAUAUUUGACCAGUUGUCAGAAGAAAUCACAUCGUUGCGUCAUGAAUUUCAACAUCUUCAACGACAAUGGUUAGUCUGUCAUAAGGAGCCACUGCUGACUACAUCUUUUGAUGAAUAUCAUUCAGCAACUGAAGAAAUUGUGAUGGAACAUGAAAUAUCAACACCAACACGACGUUCCAAACGUCUAGAGAAUUCUGCUAUCCAUGAUGAACCUGAACCGCAAGAUCGCCAUUCAUUCAAAUGUGAUCAUUGCCAUUAUUCGUGUGCAAGAAAGAGUCAUCUUGAAAUACAUGGCCUCAUACACACUGGCGAACGACCCUUUAGAUGUAAACAAUGUCACUACGCAACACGGUGGAAAGGUGAUAUCGUUAAACACAAACGCAAACACCAUCGUAGUAAGCCAUAUCAACGUGCUGGACAAAAUGGCAAAUGACCAUGCAUAAUUGUCAUGAAUCACAAUACUACUCCAUACGUAGAUAAUUGUGUUGGAACUUUUAUUUUUUCUAUUAACAUUGAAUUAUUCAUUUUGCGUUGUCUUCAAUUUCUUGAUUAAUUUUGAUUGAAUAUCACUACUUUUUGUUGA